AUGCCGGGGGACUGGGGGUCCGGUUGGGAAGAGGAUCAGAGUACCAUAGAACAGUUUGCCUUAGAAGGGACCUUUCAAGGUCGCCUAGUCCACCCCCCUGCAACCAGCGGGGACAUCUUCAACAAGAUCAGAUGUCUCAGAGUCCCGACCAUCCUGACCUCGGAUGUUUCCGGAGAUGGGAAACUUCAAGAAGCCGAGUCUCAGGCGUGGGCAGUGGGGGGCUGCCACACCGGGGCACUUAACGGUGGUUCCUGCCUCCUCCUCGACCGCCAAACCAUUGUUCGUGGGGGCGGCCCACGCGCUACUCCUAGGACAGCGAGGGAGCCGGCGCUAAAGCGGUCUAGAGAGCCCAGAAAGGAGCAAGCGGCCGGGCGCGGCCGUGGCGGGAGGGGGAAGUUCGGUCCGGUUCGGCGGCUCUGGACGCGGGGAAGACGGAGGAAGCGAGGCGAGGAGGGGCGGGAGAAGGGUGGGCGGGUUUCCCGCCGGCGGCGCGCGGGCCCUUUGGAGUGCCGGCGUCGCCCAAUGGCAGCCCGUGUCUGAAAGAAGCCGCACCGGUACCGGCCCGGCACGGUGGCGCUGCGCGAGAUCCGGCGCUACCAGAAGUCGACGGAGCUGCUGAUCCGCAAGCUGCCCUUCCAGCGCCUGGUGCGGGAGAUCGCGCAGGACUUCAAGACCGACCUGCGCUUCCAGAGCUCGGCCGUGAUGGCGCUGCAGGAGGCGAGCGAGGCCUACCUGGUGGGGCUCUUCGAGGACACCAACCUCUGCGCCAUCCACGCCAAGCGCGUCACCAUCAUGCCCAAGGACAUCCAGCUGGCCCGGCGCAUCCGCGGCGAGCGCGCCUGAGGCUCCUGGCCUGCCACCACCAAACCCAAAGGCUCUUUUAAGAGCCACCACAUUUAC